CCCAAAGCCUUUCCUUCCCUUGCUUUCUCCUUUAACUUCUCGUUUCUGCAUUUUGUGCUCUGUGUCUAUUCCAAGUUCUGAAAAUUCUUUUGGACGAAAAACACCCUUUUCGGCAAGCAGAAGUGUCAAAUCUUUUUUUGCAUUGGUGAUAUUUGGUUUAGGGUUUUUGAGAUCAUGAGGAAAGGAUACUUGUUGGCUUGAGGUGGAGAUAAUGAUCUUAACAAAGCAAUAUCGUUGCAUACACUCGUCAAGCUGUCAAUGCACAAAAGGUCAUCUAAGUGAAGAUGUGAUCUUUUUAGUGUUUCAACAGCUGAAUUGGAAUCCUAAAAUGAUUGCUACUCUGUCAUGUGUAUGUAAGUGGUUUGAUGAUCUGGCCAAGCGAGUGCUGUGGAAGGAGUUUUGCCGGGCAAGGGCUCCAAAGAUGAUGCUGGAUCUCCAAUCUAGCGGAAGUCAUAGUGUUGAUGGGAAUUGGAGAGCACUAGGAAAGUUGCUUAUUUACUGCUCAGGAUGCACAAAGGGAGGCCUGUUUAAUAGCAUUCAUAUACCUGGUCAUUUUGUUUACAGAACUAGGUUUUCUAGGACCUCAGGGAAGAGCUUUCUUUUGCCACAAUGCCGGACAGAUGUUUUAUAUGUCUCUGACCCAUGUGAACAUCUUGACCAAGGGGAAGAAGGAGACGUGGGAUUUUUCCGUGGAGUUUUCAAAUCAUUCUCUAUGUCAAAGGUCCGGAAAAUGCUAAUUAAAAGGAGAGCUCAACUUCAUCCUACAGAGGUGUGCCCUUAUUGUAAGGCAAAGUUGUGGAGCAUGCUGCAAGCCAAAAUGAUACCGCAGAGUGCCAGCUGCAGGCUGGGGUCCUAUGAGGAUUGUGUUGAAUAUUAUGUUUGUCUCAAUGGUCAUGUGCUCGGAAUCUGCACCCUCUUACCCCUGUCUGAUUCAGAAGAGGCAUCUGAGUUGGAGUGAUAAUCAGCAUGGCAACCAGUUUGUGCCUACAUGGGCGUGGAUUUCGUUUCUUAGAUGAAUCAACCAAAAUGGACGGGACAUGUGAUAGGCUUGUCUGGAGCUUUACUAUGCUGAAGCUGAAAUCGAGCAUCACUAUCGCAUCUGCAACUUCAAUUAUGCUGUGCUGCUCUCCAAUCUUACCUGGCUAUAUGUGUGAUAGUGAAUGAUAAUGAUUGAAGGCUAUUGCUGACCAUCUUGUUUUAAUAAUCUAUUACUGUGAGCAUGUAAUACCAUGUACAUGUUAUGUAUGCACCCAUAUAUAUAUAUAUAUAUAUAAUUGGAAUUGCAGAUUCAUAUCUGCAAUAAUUCACACAUCUGUUCUGUAUGAAUAUUAAGUUACUUUACUCCUUGUUCUUGUGUUCCAAUUUUUAAUACAAUGGUAGAAGGUUAAAUCUUUUUGUA